UGUCGUGUCAGUCAUGUUCAUACCUGUGUUCAUGUCAUUGUUGUUUUCAUUUCAUUAAUGGUUGAUGUACUUUGAAAAAAACAGUGGAAGUGAAAAUCCAAGAAAGAAAUAUUUCUAAACCACAAUCACAUGAAAAUGUGGUCUUUUUUGUCAAAAAACUGGAAUGACAUUAUUUAUUUAUUUUUACUGUUAUUUAGCGUUGCAAUAGGCCGUUAUUAUAGGUCUUUAGGUACAGUCCAAGUGAAGAAAUGGAUUGGGACACUUCUCGGUCUUCUGCUCAUUUUAAUAGUUUCGGGCUUUAAUGCCUUUCACCCUAUUCUGUCAGGAAUAACAGGCAUUUUAAUCAUUAAACUGACAGGAGUACGGUACUGCCAUGUAGCCACAUUUUUCUUCAUGUUCAGCUAUUUAUUUUUCUUUCGGCUGGCUGAUAAGUUUGGCUUCCCUCUGCCUACGGGGCAAACAAAUCUGAUAGAGAUGAUAAUAGUGUUGCGUGUUGUUGGAGUUGCAUUUGAAAUCAAUGGCUCGUGGCUGGCAAUUUCUAAAAAAAAGAAAAAUGAAGAUAAAGAGUCCUCAACAGAAUUGAAGGAAAAGGAUGAUGAAUUUUUAGAAUUAAUCAGUCCAAAUCUUGUGGAUUUGGUGCAUUACUCUUACAAUUAUAUUGGUUUACUAACAGGUCCAUAUUACAGGUACAGAACAUUUGAUGAUUAUUUCAAGUUGCCUUUCAGCAAAUAUGUGGACUGCACAGGAUUCACCAUAAACACUCUGAAAGCUGUUCCACUGUACAUUUCAUUGUAUUUGGCCCUUUCCAAUUUAUGGCCUUUGGAGUAUAUUUUGUCUGAAGAACAUAACAACAGAAGUUUUUUGUAUCAAAUGAUGUACCCUUGGGCAUUGUUUGCGGCGUUUAGACAGCGUAUUUAUUCUGGAAUGACGUUGGCGGAGAGUGUCUGCACAUCAGCUGGGAUGGGUGCUUACCCCGUUGAGGGGAAGAAUAGAACAGGACAUGGGCCCACUGUGGGUUACAUGAAAUUAAAACAAAUGCCAGAGGAGCAAGCAAAGACAACAGAGUAUGACUUCAACACCAUUGAAUCCAUGGAAGUGUGGGCUUGUGAGACUACGGUCACUCUCCGUGACUCUAUGAAGGUGUGGAACAAGGCAGUGCAGUAUUGGGUUGCCAUGGUCGUUUACAAGAGAUUCCCUGUUAAACCACUGAAGGUCCAUGCAGCGUUAUUUGUAUCUGUAAUUUGGCAUGGGUUCCAUGCCGGUUAUUUCUUCUGCAUUUAUUUCUGUCCAUUUUAUUUGAUGGCUGAAGACAUUUACUACAAAUUGUAUUACAAGAAUGCUAUUGGAUUGAAAAAGAAGAUUCUAGGUUUCGUAAUGUGGUUCUUAAGGAGUCAUUCAGAGUCAUAUCAAGCGGCUGCGUUCCUUCUAUUGACGUUCGACCGAAUUUGGAUAUAUUACUCUUCUGUCUAUCAUUACUGGUAUGGCGUGUGGCUUGCAUUCUUAAUACUAGGGUUGGCUCUGAAUACUGCACACAAAAUGUCAACUCCUAGAGUGAAAAAAGAAGGAAAAGAAUCUAUGGAAAGUAGAACUGAUUAAUUUAUUUUAUAGUACAUAAUUGUUGCUCAAUUUUGAGGAGAUUUUAGUAAAUGUUAAUGUAGUUCAAUAUAAUUGUAAAACACAUGAAAAAGUAACAAGCAAUAUUCUGUACAAUUAGUUGCUACCCUUGACUAUACUUCAGUUGACCUACUGUAUAAAAAGAAAAAUGAGUCUGAUCGUAUCUUCAAAUUACUGUCUGUCGGUCUGAAAACUGAAUAUCGAAUUAGUUUGUAUUAGAACUCUGGACUGAUUAACGUUUAUUUUGAAUUGAGAUCAAUCUGUUAUUUUCUUUUGAUGAUCAUGCUAGAAUUAACAUAUACAGCUAGGGCAAUUUUUUUUAACACUACACAAUUUUUUACAUUACACUAAGUAAUUGAAUACAAAAAUUUCCAAAAUGUAUACAGUGAGAGAAAAUAAAAUGUUGACUUUGCACACAAACUUCGAUCUGCUAAUGAGCCCAUUGUACCUAAUAAGAAAUAAAGAUAAGUAAUUUUAUUUUUUAAACCUACUCGAUUUUAACUGCACAAAUUUUAUGAACAGCUUUAGACGACUAAAGCUGUUCAUAAAAUUUGUGCAGUGUAAAAAUACCAUGUGUUUUUGACAUAUGUAUUAAGUAUGUUGUUAUGUGGAUGAGUUUGUCUUAUAUUUAUGUACUUUAUUUGGAUAAUGUAACAUUCCACUCCGUACUAAUUCGUACAGGAAACCCGCCGAAUCGGAGGUGAUGGGUAGAUUUCUAAUUAGAUAUCCAAGAUAUUUUGGGUACUUAUAUGAACAUUAGUGAUAUAAGUACUUUGCAUGGGGUAUCGCAUACAUAUAGUGGGUAGGUACUAGAGGUGUAAAAUUAAACAGAUAUAAUUACGCAACAAGCUGUAAUGAUUUUACGUUGUAUGAACUCAUAAAAAAUGGUAACUAAAAAUAAAACACUGUAGAAGUUUACGUAAAUACUUACAAUCUAUAUUUAUAAAUCAGUGAUAUUCAUAUGGAAUUUCAUUUGUAAAUACACGGGUCUAGUCUUUAUUUAUUUUUGGAUGGACUGAAUAAAGUUUAUAUUUUAACAUU